AUGAGCGUUGAUACCUCUAUUAGUAGUAGUACUGUUGAAAGGACGUGCUCAUUAGAGCUUUUUGAGCUAAUUAAACCAGUAUGCAUUGAGUUGUCUCGAGAAACAUUGACUCAUUCAGCCCAAGCUCCCUUGAAUGAGCACAGAGUUAUUGCCUUGUUAAUCUCAAUUGAGACAAGCGCACAAUCUUUGUAUGAAGAAUACUGCAAGCUGGAAAAACCAUUCAUAUUAUUGCCCAAUGUUGCUGACUAUAUAUUUUUCCCCAUCUCGAAUCUACUAAGGCGUCCAAAACUUGCCCUGUCAAUUACUCAGCAUCUACUUGUGCUCAUAGCUUAUUUGACCAAGCAUUGCUGGAGAUAUAAUGUGAACUAUGCCUUGUUCGAUCAGCUUUACCCGCUUGUUUUGCUCCUAACUGGAGAAGGUGGGGAGAAAGGAAGGGGGAAAGGUGACGUGGAAAAGGAGGCAACCGCGAUAACGUGUCAGCUGCUACAGUUCAAAGCAGUGUCGAUAAGAGUUUUGAUGAGUUUUAUUACGGCUUUGGACUCAAAUUAUUUCCAAGAAUCGGAAAAGAGACUUUAUUUCUUAACAAAUACCAUAUCUUUGGCAUUGGAUGUUGUGACUUCAACUAGAGCAAGCGACCAGGAGGCCAUCCUGAUGUUGAGCGAAACUUUCAAAUUGGUAUCGACUCUGCUUAAAUUGCUAUCAGCCGAAAAGCAAUCAAUGAUUGUUCCUGGUGUGGUGUCGGCGUUAACAACGUUUUCAACCAUGAACUCAAGUCAUAAUUACAAAUUAAUGGCCCAAGUGCUCUAUCUUCUAUCAACCAUCAUAAGCACCUCUUUUAAUGAUGAGGAUUUGGGCGCAAAACUCAACAUGGAUCAAAAGCUAAAGAUUUCUGACCUUGAUGCUGACGAAGAUGAAAAUUUAAUGUCCAAUGUGGUGCAGAUAUCUAAAUUCAAAGCUGGGGGACCUCGAACCAUGUCGUGGCUUAGAGCAACAUCAAAACAACUCAAGAUCAUGCUCGUUAUAUUUUUCAAAUCGAUAAUUCUUAGUCCAAAAAACAAAGAACUGUUUAAAUCCAAAAUUGAAUUAUAUGAGCUGGUUGUGUUUUUUAUUACUUCUAUUUUGAAGAAUUGUUUUGUUAGCUUGUAUUAUGAGGUGACACCAAUAAUACCGGAUAUCUGUUCCAUAUUAGUAUGCGCUUCAUCGUAUAAUGAAACAGAUGAAAAUUCCAAGGUUUGGCAGAUAGCAAACACUGUGAAAGAAGCUUUCCUGGGUGAUUCACAAAAACUGACAGCAUUCUAUGAAAUGGUUAAAGCAAAGCUAGAGAGCUUAAUUGAAAAUAAGUUGUCUUUGAUAACCUUUUCCACAAAUGAGGAAAAGAUAGCUCUCAGCAUGAUUUCUAUAAAGCUAUACUUUGCCAUGCUUCUGAAACUAUCAAAGGAGCAUGAAUUUGAAGAUAAUGCUCUCUCAAACACUUUAGAACUUGAUAAUCUAAAAGCAAGAUGCUUGAAGAUCUUGCUUCAAUUUACUACCGACCGUGUAAAGUUUGAGAGCACCAAAAAGAACAAAUAUGCAGUUUCAGAAGCUUUGGAGUCAAAUCAUUUGGACGUCAUAAAGCUACCGGCGUACAUAAAUGCCAAGAAUGUCAAAAAACAGGACACAUCACAAAUUGAUGAUAAUGGUGAUCUCAAGCUUGCUGCCCACAGUCUCCAGCUCCUAGCGCGUCAGUUGAAAAAUUUCUCCAUGGAUACCGAAAAGGAAGGGACAUGCAUUGAUUUCAAAUCAGAGUUUCUUGAAAAACAUUUGAAAUCUUUAAUCCAGUUUUUGUCAAGGGUAAAAAAUUUCUCAAUCGAUGGAACAUUGUCUGUGCUAGAAGAAAUUUUGGAUGACGCUAAUGUGAAUGAUACUUUAUACAGCGGUGUUGCCAUGUGGUUCGCUAGUACAUAUUCCAAAAAUAUUCUAUCUGAGCACAGGUAUCUAGAUGUAUCGGUUUUCUUGGACAUACCAAACAUGGAUAUAAAUGAAAGUACCGUAAGUGAAAUUGCUUAUUUGAUUUUGUACAAGGCAGAAGAGCUCUUGUCCACUAGGAAUGGACAAUUGGGCUAUAAAACGGAGCAGCAACUUGCAAAUGACACAGCUUAUAUAUCGGCACUAGAUGCCAUUGGUACAGUUGCAGGAUCUAUUCUGCUAGACCAGUUUAGAUCUGAUGUUCUCAUGAACUACCUCUUGACUAUUUUACAAGCUUUGACUUUAACUACUAAGCCGAACAUUCAAGAACAGGCUCAAAGAACUAUGAAAGCCAUUUUUGACACUUAUUAUGAAGGCUCUAUGAUCCAUAUGAUCAUGGACAAUCUGGACUACCUAAUCGAUGGCAUUAGCUUGCAGAUGGCGAUGGGGAGUAAUUUAAAUCCAGCUUUACCUGGAAUAUUGAUGAUUGUAAUAAAAGUUGCCGGCAUUCAACUUUUGGAAUCAAACCAGCUAACAGAUAUAUUGUCUGAUAUAUUUGUACUCUUGGAUUCAUACCACACAUUCAAUCAAAUCUCAGAGAGUUAUUUUCUUGUUUUUGAAGCGCUAGUUGAUCAAAUUAAGCAAAUGUAUAUGAUUGAGGAAAAGAGAAUGAUUGAGCACCAAGAUGUCAAUAAUUCUCAGUUUCAUCCUUGGGGUAUGCAUAAUAAAGAGCAAAUGGUGGCAUUUAUCAAUGGUGACAGAGUAGUAGACGCUUACAGUGGAUAUGAAAGUGGGAAAGAAUAUUUCAAAAGGACGGAAGAUAAACCCUUUUCAGAGAUGACUGUUGAUUCAGACGACGAGAUGGAGGAAGAGGAAGAGGAAGGAGAAGGAGAACAAGAACGGGAAGAAGAAAAAUGGAUUUCGCCAAUACUGAAGGAUGUAUACGCAGUUCUAAAGAGAAUAUUCAAUUAUGGACUCGUUUUGGUAUCUCAACCCUCAUAUUCAUUAAAGUCACAAAUUAUUAAAACUUUGAGAAUGGUAUACCCUUUGCUUUGCACGGAUUAUAAACUUGUUCUCCCUAUUGUCACCACCCAUUGGCCAAUGUUAAUUGCUCUAAUAACUGGCUCAAACUCUCUCGCCACAUUUUCGGUGAUCAAUAACGUUAACAACAACAACUUUUUUCCACAUAAAAAAGUUAAAGUCACAGUUGAAGCAUUGCAAUUUGUCACUGAGAUCUUACAACAAGACAAUGCACAAGGAGAUUACUUUUUUGGAACAAAAUUUCAAGAGGCUAUUGACUUUAUGUUGAAGAACUCUGAUUUAGCCCAAAAAAAACCAAGUAAGGUAAUUAAAGGAAUCACUCGUUGA